GGCGAAAAAGUCUGAACACCCCUCUUUCCACCACCACUUCAUUAUUCACCACUCUCUACCCACCCACCGUCCGCUGCCGUCGCCGAUGACCCCCGCCACCGCCACCGCCGCCGCCAUUGACUCCGCCCUGUCCCCGCACGCCGCUCCCUUCACCCUCCCCUACCGCUCGGCCUGCGCCCCUCCCGGUCUCCUCCAGGAUGGUGAUGUUUCUAGUUCGACGGAUGGUAGCUUCGUGGUGUGUGCGGAAGAGAAGAAAGCAAGGGAUCCCCAAUCAGCAUCAUGCCUUUUGACAAAAUCAAGUGGCACUGUUUAUCCACCCUCUACAUAUGGAAUGCAGGCUGGACAGCUGAGUUCAUGGCCAGGACUCUGUGUGGAUGCCUAUGGCUCCUCAACAUCGGUCAGGAUAACAUCCAGUUAUGAGCAGCAAAGUUCCUUGAUAUCAGGAAACAGGAGCAAAUGUUCAACAGUGAAGAUUGAAAGGCCACCAAAUAAAACAUCAGACACUAACAAUGCCAGCUGUGGUCCUAGGAGCAAGUUGGUUAUAGCAGAAAACCCUAAAUCCAAAGACACUGGGAAAGAAAUAUCAUUUACCAGAACUUUACAAGUCAAAAAUCCUGUCGAUGGCAAGGACAAUUCACAAGGUACCAUUAUCUGCUCCAAGGUGGAAAAUCCCGUGUUCAAUGGGAAGCCUCUUUGUAUUCCAACUACAUCUGCUAAUCCAUGCAGCUUUGUGGCUGAUGACGUGAAGCCAGAUCCAUCGGACUGUUCUGUGGAUUCACCAUGUUGGAAAGGAGCUUCAGCUUCUCGUCAGUCUCCGUUUGAUGUUCGUCAAACACCUGCUCCCCAGUCAGCUAAUCAAGAAUUAGAAGCCGUUAGUGCUGGACAGAAACAAAGCUCUAGCACUUUUCAACAUUAUGAAGCUCCAGUGGAGCUUCAAAUAUCAGCCAGUAGUAAAACUAAGCAUGACCACUCCCAAUCCUAUCCUGAAGUGUCUGUGUCAAUGAAAUCCAGAGGUAUAAGUAUAGAGCAGACAAAAGAUUCCCAUGGGAAGGAGCGUGAGUGUGCAGACCAAUGUGCAGCAAAAUCCGAAACCAAGCAGAAGCACCUGUUGGUACUGCGAGAUAAUCACGUGAAGCGAUCUAGUCUAAACUCCGCCGCUCCGGAUUUUGUACCUUCAUCAAUUGGGAAACCAAAAAUUGGCAAAGGACCCUGUUCUUCAACAGGAAGGAGUAUAUCGGGAGUUCUCAAAGCGAUUGAAAAUCUGACCGAGGUGUUCCAGAGUAGUUACUCUGAGGAUGGAAUUGAGCUGGAAGAGCAUGACUACAUCAUCCUCGAAUCAGUAAUUAGUAAUCUUCAGAAUUGCCUUCAUAAAAAAAGAAAGGGUCCUAUUGACGCUGCUUCUGACAAGGCAGGGCUGAAGGCUCCACACCCUCAGACUACAGUUUUAAAAUCUGAUGCAGGGAAAUACAAUGGUAGUUAUGUCGCAGAUGAUGGAAAGGGCCUAAUUAUUGAUCGGUUUACUGGUUCUAGUCAUAUGAUCAAUGAUUUUGGAAGAAGCAGCUUGACACGGGGCCAGCCUUCACUCAACAAUGUUCCAAAGAAGAUAUCCGCCGAGGAAGAACAUCCACAGGUUCUUGUCUAUAAGAAUCUCUGGAUUGAAGCGGAGCGUGCAAAUUGUGAGUUGAAGUACCAACUGAAGCACACUUGUAUAAAAAUAGACCUAGAGUCCAGCAUGGCUCCUGCUAGUGCUCCAAGAAAGAACUAUUUCCAAGUAUCUGAUCUGAGUACUGAUCCAGUUAAUCUAUAUGGAGCUUCCUUAGCUCACCCGCCGAUGCUGAGCUUUCACAAGCAGCAGCCUGCUGGAGAGACAUCAGGAUCAAGCAGCAGUCAAAAUCUCAUUUACCCUGGCGACUGCAUUCUGUCAGGAGGCAACAGUGCUCUUAGCUGUUCUCCAAGCACCAAACGCUACUCUACUCUGCAGAAGAAUCUGCAGCGUGGUCAUGUUCUGACAGGCCAGGAAGAAACCAUCACACAUCAUAAUGCACAUUCCGGGCUGCAACCAGCGCCAAAUAGAGCUCGCCAGGAGUUGAACGGAAGCACUUUGGAUGGCGCGUCCUCCCGCUCAUACAUCGGCCGAAGAGAUGACAUUUUUCUUGGCAAUUCUGAGUACGGCUCAUCGGACUGGGAGCACGUGCUAACAGAAGAAAUCGGCUGGAGCUGAUGGCAUCUGCCAGCUUAGAAAGGUGUUACCUGUACAUAUAUGAGGAAGUAGGAUUUCCGGAAGCCAGGGGAUCUGGCUAUAUUUUGGUUGCUAACCAAGGCUGACGAAAAUGGUGCGUUUCAGCUGGCGAAAAACACUGCCCCCUUUUGACUUUUUAUCAAGCACAUCUUGCCUUAGAAACAGUGGUUGUAUAUUUUGGUCCUACUUGGAUGCUACUAAGCAGUAUCUUGUUCUUUGGCACACAAUUAAUUAAGUGCAUAGUUCUGUUCCA